AUGAAAGCGUUAACACGCGAGAUUAACGCGACACUGUUUGCAAUGGAGAACUCAGGUGCAAUAUCGCCAAUUGACCGACGUAUGGCAAGAACACAAAAAAGGGUCCUAGCCCGAUUCUACGGUCUCCCAAAAGUACAUAAAGAGGACACUCCUCUCCGGCCUAUCUUAUCACUAAAGGUCUCUCCAACAUACGGACUGGCAAAGUGGCUGUUCCGACGUCUCAAAUUUCUGACCUCCGAUUCAAACACCACAGUCAGCUCGUCAACGCAAUUCUUGGAGAAACUUAAAGGAGUAAGUCCCCUGCCAAGGGAUGUCAUAGUUUACUUUGAUGUCACGUCCCUUCUUACUUCUAUUCCCCAGGACCUGCCGAUCGAUACGAUUGAGCUGCUUCUACAAAGCAAAUACGAUGAAACGGAAAAUCGUCUUGGACACGCCCAAGUACUUCAGCUCCUGAAGUUCUGUCACAGGACGUACUUCAUUUUCGACGGGACAAACUACGAACAGGUGAAGGACACGCCAAUAGAGACUCAUCGCCGAGGCGGUCCUGCAACGUUGGAUUCGCCGGUUUUCCGACACCACAUACCGAAGUGCUGGGCUCGGUAUGUGGAUUAUACUUUCGUCGUCAUCGAACGGGAUCAGGUGCUGACCUUCAAAGAACAUCUCAAUGCCGUCUUCCCGGACUUUCAGUUUACAAUGGAGGAGGAAGAGAACAACCAGCUGGCCUCACUGGAUGUCCAAGUAGGCCGAAAAGAUUGUGAUGGCCUGAAAACCAAAGUGUUCAGGAAAGUGGGAAAUACGAUGCAAGUUCUGAACUCCAACAGCAACCGGCCAAUUAGCCAUAAUCACAGUUGUGUAAGGACGCUCUACCGGCGUGUCGAAACGCACUGAAGUGAACUGGAAGACAAGAUUACCGAACUACAAUACCUCCGACGGAUCUUCAAAGCCAAUGGCUACCCGCGCAACUUCGUCGACCGGUGCAUACGCAAAAGGGACGAAAGGCCUAACCGCACGGACACCAAGUCUUGGCGGGCACUUCCGUAUGUCAAGAACGUUUCGGAAGCUGUCGGCCGCCUUCUCGCACCACUUGGGGUCGGAGUGGCACACAGACCGGAGGCAACCAUUAGGCGUCGGAUAAUGAAACCAAAAGAUCCGCUGCCACGGCAAGAAACGCUUGGAGUCGUUUAUCGGAUCUGGUGCAGCUGCAAAAAAAGCAACUACGUCGGAGAUACCGGAAGACAGCUCCGAACACGAAUGGCCUACACCCUGCAGCGGUGCGGAUACAUGACGCCAGUUGCGGUUUAUUCGACGAGAUCCGGCCACACAUUCGAAUUCGACGUGGACUAAAUUCUCGCUAGAGGUGACAACCGCGUGAGCCGGGAGCUGCUUGAAUAAUUGUUUACUGGCCCGCAGUCCAUUAACAAGUGCAACGACCUUCCACUUCCAUACUUGGUGCUGAGACUUCGCCUUGGCGGGGUACUUAGUCACGCGGGGAGCGCACACGUGAACACUUGUCCCAACAUAAGUGUCGGUGCGUCAUAUGGUCGAGCAAUCAUCACACCAAUAUCCAACGCACGUGAUGAGAUUGCAGCAAUUAACCACGCAAAUUUCAACCAUCAGACAGUCAUCAUACCGCGUGCAACGAUCCCUGACGAAGGGUGGGAGCCGUGAACAUUCAUGGGUAUGCGGUAGCAUGGCGACUACGUCCUAUAAAUACUGCAGUCCCUUGUGCAUGAACCACACGUAUCUGCUUCUGUCUCUGAGGAUGGGUUCGAGCAGGAAUCCUAAACUUCGGGCUAAUAAAGCUCUUGUCCCAGCGACCGUGUCUCCUUCUUCAAAACGUCUGAUUGUUACAAGACUGGCUGACAACUGCUAAUGGUUACUUCAGUCUCCCAUGUCUUUGUCGGCACUCAGCCUUCUGCGUAAAAGACAUCUGUCCGACAUUUGCCGGCAUUUCUCCUCUGGACUUGAAUAUAAGUUGCAAGCAAGCUGUUGAUUGAUCAUAGUUUUUGACAUCUUGUUAUCAAUCUCGAAGUUAUCUAGGGCCCCUUGGGAUAGAAAUUAUCCUCACGACUCUGCCGACGGAUUAUGCAACAAAGUAAUCCCAUGUGAAGGAAUUGAGGUCAUUUGCACUGACCACCUUCUUCACUUGCAUUUAGAGGUCGCACUGUCGAAUUGUCCUUUCAUAUAUGUUUUGGUGGAUUUUGAUUAAUUCAAAUUGACCCAUCUGUUAAAACCUCGGCGUCCCAGCGGGAUUCGAGCUUACAACAGUAAUGGGAUGGCUUUCGUACAGCCAACACUCUAGCCACCUAAGCUACGAGAUCCCACCAGAAGACGUGAGUUCAAUUGCAUUUGGGUCAAAUUACCCACUCAGCCUACUGCAAAGUCUGGAAUCCACCAACUCUGUUCGGUUGCGUCUAAAGUCUGGUGAGACUGUCAGCCAGUUUACCAUCCAAAAUUCUCAUAGGUAUUGAGAGCACUGCCGCAGGAAAUCGUUCCCCUUUAGUUGGAUUGUAUAUGAGCAUGGCAAAGGUUUCAAAAUAUUCAAACUUACUACUGAAGUGUUGCUUCGGUAUUUCGAAACACUAGAUUUCGGCAUGCUGUGCAUGGAAGACACCUUUGUCAUCUUUGACACGGUCAAAUUAAUUAUCGUACAUACCACCCUAUCUACGUAUCCAAAACCGCAUGCUUGUCGACAGCAUUCGCCUAAUGCUUCCGGAUGUCGCCAACCUGGAGGCCAAAUGAUAGCUAAAGUGUACCAAAUCCAACCAACAAGCCGCAAACAGCAAAUCACCAAACACUGCAGCACAACCAAAGCUAGUAGUGCAAGCUAGCUCUGCGAAUUUAAGCUUCUGCAGCAGCCACCUGCCAGGCGAGAGAUUAAAGCUCUUUAGAAUCAAGAAGUAUCCACAAAUAUUCGUUGAAAGGAAUCGAAUAUCCUGUAGAGUCCAGCCGACCGAGCCGGAGCAAAGUAUGCUCUGCGAGAGGUGUCACCGAGGUAAUGGCAAGACUCCUCACCCUCUUCAGAUCAGGAGCUGUCCCCAUGUCAGACUUCACCAUUCGCUGGCAGAUGAUGCGCUAAGGAAUCCAGUGCUAAAACGAAAACGACUGCACAGAAAGUAGUUGGACUGCUGAUAGAAACGAACAGGCGAGUUCCAGGUAGCAGUUCAGAAGACGAGGAUGCGAUCACUGGAACAAGAAAUGUAUUGGCCUGACGGAUCGAAUUCUCACUCGAAUCCAUCAUCAGAGACAGUCGCAGAUAAAGGUGAUGGUGACUCAAGGAGUGCAGUAUUUGUAGCUGGGGGGACGCGCAGUACUUCAGCACGGCCGACGAAUGAUCCGAGUGCUCCUUCAAGACUGUCCCUCACGGAUUUGCAAAUACCGUUUGAGGAUUGACCAGGAGAUUGCAAGGUGCUGCGAGUUCAUGGGGGAGGACGACACAAAACUGCUUCAGUAGAGGCUGACCGAAAAAACCCGUGAACGUAAAGCAACACGCGAAACAAUCCCAGAGUGCAAAUUUCGGAAGCUGCCGGCUCCAAGAACGACAGACUGGUGCACAACUUGUCGUCAAAGGAGCUGACGGGGGGACACAUGCAGGUAUUACGACGCUAGGCCUCAUUAAACACAGCCGAUGCCAAACCUGCCAACAUGAUCGAAGCAGUGAAAUCAAUCCUCAGCCAGACGGGAGCGACAGACGAAACGAAGAAUCGUAUUCGACACCAAGUGUACUCCCUCCUCAUGGCUCAAAGGCCGCGCGAGUGCUUUCCAAGGUCGAGCGCGAUGCGCUUAAGGAACUCAGGGCCGACAGCGACCUCGUUAUCGUGCCUGCGGACAAGGGGCGUUCAACGGUCGUAUUGGACAGGACAGACUACAAUCGAAAAGCCAAAAGCUUGUUGGAGGAUCGUCAGUCCUAUGUCUCAUGCGAAUUGAACCCCAUAAAAACGCUGACACGCGAGAUUAACGCGACACUGUUUGCAAUGGAGAACUCAGGUGCAAUAUCGCCAAUUGACCGACGUAUGGCGAGAGCACAAGAAACGGUCCUAGCCCGAUUCUACGGUCUCCCAAAAGUACAUAAAGUGGAUACUCCUCUCCGGCCCAUCUUAUCACUAAAGGUCACUCCAACAUACGGACUGGCAAAGUGGCUUUUCCGACGUCUUAAGUUUCUGACCUCCGAUUCAAACACCACAGUCAGCUCGUCAACGCAAUUCUUGGAGAAACUUAAAGGAGUAAGUCCCCUGCCAAGGGAUGUCAUAGUUUACUUUGAUGUCACGCCCCUUUUUACUUCUAUCCCGCAGGACCUGGCAGUCGAGACCAUCGAAAUACUCCUACGCGAGAAAUACGACGAAGCGGAGAAUUGCCUUGGACACGCCCAAAUCAUGCAUCUCCUGAAGUUCUGUCUCAAGACGUACUUCACGUUCGACGAAACAAUCUAUGAGCAAAUGAAGGGAGCGCCAAUGGGUUUGCCGAUUUCGGGACUCAUUGCCGAGGCGGUGCUACAACGGCUGGAGUCGCUGGUUUUCUGA